CCAAAACAUGGCUCUCACAAAAAUCUCCCUCAUCCUUAUCCUCUGCCUCUUAGGUUUCUAUUCCAAAAUCGUCAAGUCUCAGAACUGCGGUUGUUCCCUGGGCCUAUGUUGUAGCCAAUUCGGUUACUGCGGUACCGGCAAGGAAUACUGUGGUCCUGGUUGCCGAUCAGGUCCUUGCAGUGCAAGCCAAGGCGAUAGUCUCGGUUCCAUUAUGUCACAAGCUUUCUUUGACAGUAUUAUCAACCGAGCCGCUAAUAACUGCGCCGGAAAAAGAUUCUACACACGUGACUCUUUCAUUAGCGCCGCCAAUACAUUCCCCAGCUUUGGUACUUCCGUUACAAAGCUUGAAAUUGCUACUAUGCUCGCUCAUUUCACCCAGGAGAUCGGAUAUUUCUGCUACAUAGAAGAAAUCGACGGAGCGACACGAAACUACUGCAACAAGGAGUACCCACAAUACCCAUGUGCACCGGGCAAAACCUACUACGGUCGUGGUCCGAUUCAACUAUCAUGGAACUACAACUAUGCACCAUGUGGUCAGAGUCUAGGUCUCGACCUUCUACGCCAGCCCGAGCUUGUGGGUAGCAAUCCAACUGUUGCAUUCAGGACGGCUUUGUGGUUUUGGAUGAAUAACGUUAGGCCGGUACUGAGUCAAGGAUUUGGAGCCACUAUUAGAGCCAUCAAUGGAAAAUUAGAGUGUAACGGUGCGAAUACAGAAAAGGUUAAUUCAAGGAUUAAGUACUAUAGAGACUAUUGUGUCCAGCUUGGUGUGGACCCUGGUCCUAACCUUAGCUGUUAAGAAGCUCUUUAAAAGACUAUUGUGUGGACGUUCGUGCUUAAUGUGAAUUAAUAAGUGAGAUUAUAUAAAUUAAAUCUCAUGCAUGUACUCUCUGUUGGGUUCCAACGUUUCCUGCUUCACAAGCAAAAAAGUUGUUGUCAGUUUGUAACAGUAUUCUGAAAGUGAAUUUCACAUUAAUAAACGUAUGAGUUUGAUAA